AUGUCCAAUACACCAAUUCCAUCGGAAAUUUAUGAUACCAAUCAAGAACAGCUGCAUAAUUCUGGCCCAACUCCAUCCGUUCAAUCAACCAUUAAUGAUGAUCGGAUGUCAGGGAGCAGCAAAAUCCGUCGAAUUGAACUGCUCAAUUCUCCCUCAACUAAUUCACCGAAAGAAGUUAAAAACGGUGACGGGGUUAUCUCACUGGAAAAUCAGCUUGUUAGUGGUGAAGGCUUCCCUAGUGCGUCCAAAUCUCCACUAGGAGAUUCAGGAAGUCAAGAUGCCGCCCCACAAAAAUUGUACUGGAAUUCCGUCAAUUCAACUACCGUCAGCGGUCUUGAUACUCCAAUCAAUCCUCAAAGUGGUAUCGUUAAGGCAGAGAGUUGGAUAGCUCCAACUUCUGGUUCCUCUACAGCCGGUUCCUCCUCUGUGAAUCCCGCAUCGAACGGUCCGCCAGCACUGCGACCGUACAUGUCCUCAGCGGCAGGAACGCCGAAUUCUGGAAGUCAUCAUGCAACUUACACCCCGUGUUCUUCAAACUCCUCUGGAAUGUAUGAGGGUGCCACUCUGCCUCUGCCGAAAAGAGAUAUGCUUCCCCUCGCUUCUUCAACCUCUAAUGAUAAUGGAGGCGCUUAUCUCGCUCCCACUUCUGGGCCUGAAUAUGCCUAUACACAGCCAAACACCUCCGAUUCAAGCAUCGAUUCCCAAGCUGUACCUAUGUGGUCUGGCCAAGCGGCUUCCUCUUCUCGAUCUCAAGCUGCUGAAUACUACUCUUCCUCUCAGAACUCAAUGAAAGGUGGUGGUGGUGGGGGUGGUAGCAGUAGUGUACGCUUUGAUAAUCGGAUGAAUACUUCAGGAUAUCCCCUACCUCAGGAAAAUCUCCCCCCUGUAGAAGAAAAUAAAGACGAGCUGAUUGAAGAAGUCCUUGAGCUCGAAGGCUAUUCUGAUGGGGAAGAUGAAGCGCUGGACUAUGUUGACUUUGGCAAUAACAUUAAAGCUCCCACUGUCAGCAGCUCUUUUGAGGGCAUCAAUUUCCUCCAACUCUUCGCCGCUUCCAAUGAUCAUUCGGAGAAGAUCAUUGAUUUAGCGAGGCAAUUCUAUUGCAAAUUCGUAGAACUUCUUGAGGAAGGUGGACGAGUAGGUGGUGGACAACCUGGUAAUGGUUAUUCGGGCUCCAAUCUGGACAAUAUGGACAGCGUAUUGGGUAUACUCACGAGUAUGCUCGAGGAGUGUCUUUUCCAUAUGGUGGAUUGGGUCAAUCGAACAGAAAUCUUCCGCAUUAUUCGGGUUGAGGACAAAAUGCAACUCCUGAAUAGCAGUUGGAGUGAGGUGAUUAUUAUUGAGCUCCUCCAGUGUCUAAUAAUUAAUCUUCAGGAGAAAACAAGGAUUGGAACAGUUAUUCCGACAGAACCCUCAAAUAUGGAGUUGUAUCACCUCGUGAUUACCCUAAUGAGCUACCUCCUGCCUGGCGAUGACAAUCAACGAAUGAUGGGCCUAGUAAAGCGUUUUCUCGAACUCAGUCCCUCUAGUCAUGAGUUCACUUGUCUCAAAUUUCUUGCUAUCUUCAAUUGCCUCAAACACGACGUACAACUAACACAACCAAGCGUGCGCUACGUACAGCAGGUCCAAGGUGAGCUCUGCCACUUUAUUCUUCGUUCCGCACGACGAAAAUUUCGAAGGGGUGGUCAUAUCCCACACUUUCCGGAUUACCUAAACUUUAUAAGCCUAGCCACUCCUGCAAUGCUAGCGACAAUCGCAGCCUCUGAGCGUCUCAGCCUACUUUUAAGUCGACUCACCGAGGUGAAACACGUAGCCUUUCAGCUAGAGAGCUUUCUGGUUGGACGUUACUAUGCCUUCUGCAUUCCAAAUGAAAGUCUUCUCACCGAGAUGCUCCUCACAAAACGCGGGGCCCGGAAUCGUGUCCCCUCGAUGCCACAGCAACCUCCUUCUGCGCCUCCUGCUCCCAUUGGAGGCUUUGAAUAUAACUAUUCUACUCCACCUCCUAAUCAGACUGUACCCAUAAAACGCGAUCCGAAUGUAUAUACGUCCUCUGUGACUACUUCCGAUUGGCGACCUCAAAGUGCUAGUGGUAGCGGCGGUGGUGGUGGUAGUGAUGGUUACCAGGCUGGUGCCCCUGCACAAUACUACCCCUGCUCUACAUCCCACCCAACCGCAGCUCCACCCUCCUCCGCCGACUUCUCCAAUUCACAGGCUCCACCUCAGCCGCCAAACCAAGCCCAAGACCAAAGCUUUUUUAUACCGCCCCAAAAUGUGGUUACCUCACAAUCCACAACGCAACAACAACAACAACAACAAUAA